AAAUUAAUUUCGAAAGUCCAUCUCUAAUCUCGUUAGAUCCUCCCAGACCUGUCUCUAUUAGAAUUAAUUUAAAAAUUCAGAACAUGAAAGCAUUGGCCGUUAUUCUUCUCUCCCUUCCACCCCUUGCAAUACCCACCUACAACAUUCUUUUGUCCAUCCACAACAACAACAAUCAGCUUCUUCUUCCUCUAAUUUACAACAAGAUCUCGGGAAUUGUCCUAUUUGCAAUGAUAAAGUUUCUGGAUAUCAUUAUGGUCUUUUGA